ACAUGUGACAGUAAACUGUCAAUAGAACACGUGUGUAUGCAUCGGAGAGUAUUUUGAAGUCGGUCCGAUACACACAGUCGGUGCUCAGAGCUUAAAAGUUGAUUCAAUUGAAUUUUUAGAUAAUAAAACGCAAGAUAUGGAUAUUGUGAAGCGCGUGUUGGAAGAGGAGCAACGUGAGGUGGAGAAGUAUAAAUCGAUUGAAGUGACCAAGCAUUUGGAGGCAAAAGUUGAUUUAGGAUAUCUGUUAUGCUCCGAUCCAAAUGAUUUGGACGAGAAACAGCUAAAGAAAAACAAAGAGCAAUACCUGGCCGAUUUGACGCGUGAAAAUGUUCAGUUGUUAGUCAAUGAAUUGUGGGAACAGCCAACCGAACGUGUUGAAGAGUGUAUUGUUGCCAAAUUGCCAGCACCAUCAUUUGUAUUGCCAAGAUCAAGAAAGUGUCCAGUGCCAAAACCACUCACCAAAUGGGAAAAGUUCGCAUUGGAGAAGGGCAUUAAGAAAACGAAGAAAGACAAAAAAGUCUUUGAUCAAGACCUCGAUAAAUGGGUUCCAACGUACGGUUUCAAGAGAGCACAAGCUGAACGGGAAAAAGACUGGGUUCUUGAAGUACCACAAAAUGCCGAUCCAAUGGAGGAUCAAUUUGCUAAGAAAGCCAACGCGAAAGCUGACAAUGUUGCGAAAAAUGAAAUAAAACGCAUGCGAAACAUUGUGAAAGCGAAAAAAGGUGCCAUCCCACGAACAGGUUACUUAGGACCAGACACAGCUACAUCAUCAGACCUGCAAGUAGCAUCAACAAUAGCAAAAGCAUCGACGGCGUCUGUGGGCAAAUUCCAAGGCAAAUUACCAAAAGAAAAAACGGCCCGUGGCAUUGGCGUGAAAGAGCUCAUACCUGGCGCUAAGCGCAAGGCAUCACACAUUACAGACGGCGAUGAAAAAAUUGCUAAUUUAGAAUUGAUCAACAGUGUGCUGAGCAAAAAAUCCAAAAUUAACGAUGAUAAAGCGAUUUCGGUGCAAAAACGUGAGGCGCGAGAAGAAAGAGAAUUCAAGGGUGAACCAGCAAAGAAAGGCAAAAAAGGUAAAGGAGGAAAAAGCAAAGGAAAAUUCCAAAAGUCAUCUGGAAGAAAGCCUAAAGCUGGCGCUGGCGAACGGGAUCCAAAGAAACGGUUUGGCGGACGAAAGAGACGUUAAAUGUUCAAAUUUCAUCGUAGUUUGUAUGGCCUUUUAAAUAAUUGAUAUUCCAUUGUUUAAAACACCAGCAUUGAACACUUGUGUUUUUCGAAUUAAUUUUUAAGAUUGAUCGAUGGUGUUUAGGCUUUGUGGCUGAAGGUCACAAAACGAUACUAUAAAUGAAAAUUAAAAUCUUUUACGUUAUACUUAACCCAA